AUGGCACCUGUCAAGUCCAAGAAGGGACGACAGAACCCUCAAAAGCGUGGCAGGCGUUAUAGACACAGAACGCAACUCACGACAGCGCAGAAGAUGGCUCGACCAUUGAGUGGCGCUGGACCAAACAAGAACAUCCAACAACAAGGCCCCGUGUCAGAAGAGGAGCGUGUGGCAAUGUUCAACACCAUCAAGCAUUUCACCCAGGUGGAGCGUGAUCUGGACGUGGAGAAUGAUAUCCUUCUAUUGUUCAAGAGUAGACAACCAGCGCUUUACCACAAACACAUCAACUCGGAGCCGUACGGACCAGACGACCUCAGCAGUGACGUGACCCGCGGCAUCAACGGUAUCAUCCAAGAACAUGCGAAACGACGUGACCUUACCAAGGAUAUGAACAUCAACGUCCCACAGCAUGUGGUGACUGAGGAAAUGAAAGACUUCAACGACAAGUACAUGGGAAGGUUGCCGGAGGCGAGGUACAAUGAGUUGCAAGGGCUCGUCGAGACGGUCUAUCCUGCCAUACGCAUGAGUGGGGAUCUGCCAUCGUGCAUCUCGUCCAGCCAGCUUCCAGACAACGUCAACAUCAUGAUCAACCGGUACGUCAAGAUGCAUCUGCCGGAUGCCGUCAAGGAGGAGAUCCGACGAGAAGAAGAGGAGAAGGAGGAGGUUGACCCUGAAGAAGACAUCAUUGACAUUGAAGACGAUGUCGGAUUUGCAGAUGACAUUGACUUUGAUCUGUGA